AUAGACUUCGUUAACACUGGAAAAGAAACUGUGACAGGGGCCAUGGCCCGUCAUGUGGCGUUUUAGUCCCGCAAUCUCAACAUUCCCAUAUACAAACAAGACUGACAUGUUCAAGACCGCUUCAGAUUUUUUUUCAAUUUUUUUUUAAACAGAGCUGACAACUAGAACCCGUAGUUUCCAACUUUCGCAGAUCCCCACCUGUCUUCCAAUCAGUUUAACCCCGCUGCUCACCCCUCACGACUCGGGGACGGUCAUUAUCACGUGACCUUGCCUCCCACGAAAACCAGAGAAAAUUCAGGAGAUCACUCGGCCAAUUAGCCGCCCAAUUCCAUUGAACAAUCGAUAUCCACCACAAAUUCUUAAAGCAUAUCCCAAGCAUAUUCUAAGCAUAUCUCAAGCAUAUCCUAAGCACAUCCCAAGCACAGCCUUCCAAGCGAUUGCUUCCAAACAUACAUCAAUUGUCCUAUCAUGUCAAAUAUAAUCGACGAUCCCUCGAUCAUCACCAUGGGCACCGGCUACGCCAGUGCCGAAUCCCACGCUGACUCCAGCGAUGCCUUAUCCAGGCUUCUUGACUCAGCCAUUGCUAAUGCUUCUGCUGAAUCGGCCAUUCCACUGGUGCCGAUAGAACUAAAUGCGGUAGAAAAGCUAUCCGUGAGUCCUGUGACCGUCAAGAACCCCGCGUGUGUCUAUCCCCUUGAACUUCUACUUGUGUUGAGAGAGUCGCCGUUGGUACCGGACUUGAGCCCUGAAUUACCCGAUGCGGACUUCUGGCGCUUUAAGGGAAAGUCCCUCGUCCAACAGUCACCCCAGCCCAAACGCGAGUGGGCCAGCAGCGUGGACCGCAGUGACCGCAACGACCGACAGAAUCGCCGCUCUCGCGCCAAGGGCCGCGGCCAGACCCACGUACGCGAUGAGGCCCCCGACUUGGGAGACGAGGAGGCCGAGCCCGAGUGGGAUGACGUCGAGAGCAGCGGCCACGACAUGAGUAAAACCGUGCAGGACUUUGAGAAGUGGCGUGCCCAGAUGCGCAUCAAGGAGCGCAAGCAACGCGGUGAGGACAUCAACGAGGCGGAGGUGCUCCAGCACGUGGAGCAGACCGCGGCCCAGGCUGGUAGUGCUGUCGACAGCUUCUUCUCGUUCAAGUCGAGCGCCAGCGAUGUGGGCGAGCCAACUAACAGUCGUUUCAGCAGUUUCUUCACCCCGGUAAUGGAGUCGAACCAACUUGCUUCGCCGCUAAGCGAAGCCAAAGACGAGACUAGCGGUGAGGACUCUGGGCCUCGCCCGGGCUCACGGUUCCUUGCGAUGACACAGAGACCAAGCCCAAGCCCACAACAGUCAGCCGAGACGCACGAGCCGCCUCGUGCCAACGACUCGUUCUUUCAGUCGUUGAUGAAGAAGGGCAAGGAUGAGGAGGCUGUUUCGUCGCCGGGCACCCCCCGCCAAUCGGGCUUGAUGGCUCUUUUCAACAAUGGGAGCAGCUCAUCGACUCCAGCACCGCAUUCGCCUGUCACUCUGGCCUCGCGAACUCCAGACCAGUUUCCGGGAAUUCAGCAGUUACCGAGGUCCCAGCAGUUUGUUCCUGCGAUCCAAAAGGUUCAAGGCCAGAACUUACCCCCAAUCCAAGCCCAAAAGUUACCCCCUGGAAUAUCCCAGUUGCCGCCGGGAGUCCAGUCCCAACAGUUACCUGGAAUGCCUCCGGCUGGCCAGUUCCCUCAGGGAGCGCAGCAGCUACCUGGAAUGCCGCCGGGUGGUCAGUUUCCACCAGGAGUCCAAGGCCAGUUUCCGUCAGGAGCCCAAGGUCAGUUCCCGCCGGGAUCCCAAGGCCAGUUUCCACCAGGGGCCCAAGGCCAGUUUCCACAAGGAGCCCAUGGCCAAUUCCCACCGGGAAUCCCAGCCCAGUUCCGGGGGCAAGGCCGUGCACAGUACCCACCACAACACCAGUUCCGCCAGGUACCAUCUCAUCUCCAGGGACAAUCAAAUCCCAACCAGCCACUGCAUCUCCAGGGCCAGCCGCCUUAUAUGCCCCAAAUGCCGAUGAAUUCGCAGCUAAUGGGCCAGGCCCUGCCGCAGUUUCGCCAGGGCACCAACCCGAACUUUCCACCAGGGUUCAUGGGUCAGUUUCAGGCCCCAAGUGGCUCGCCGCAGCAAAUGCCAAUGAAUCUCGCCGCGGGUGGGUAUCCCCCAGGCUACGCGCCACAAUACUACCCAAAUGGGAACCAGGGGCCUCCGGGAAACAGAACCCGUUAG